UAGUAUAUUCAGUUUUAUAACAAUCCGAACUUCCAGAACUUCCCCUGAUCACCAAAAGGAAGCUCAUCCCCGGAGCUGCCGCCGAGACCCCUCCCUGUCCGUCCCACCCCUCACGCCCACUUCCUGUGCAGGUCCAGUUCUGGACGUUUCUCAUCCACAGAGCCCGGUGUGGCCCUUCGUGUCUGUGUGUCUUGAGCCUGUGCCUGGGCGUGUGAUGUUCCCACGUGGGGUGCGGUGCCCCGCGUGCUCCUCCCGCGGUGGGCGCAGUGCUCCCCAUUACUGCCGAGAGCGCCGUGCGAGGUCGGGGAGGGGCGAGGGCGGGAGAGCUGGAGGGUGCCGAAGGGCCUGAGAUGCCAAAAAGCAGGGGCCCCAAAUGCCCCCUAUCCAUUGUAGUGGCCCCCCACAGCUGGGGAGGGGGAGGACAAAGGCAGGGCGGGGCCCAGGGCUGACCCCCCGCCCGUUGCCAGGACACGGGAGUGGGUGGCCUUUGUCCCUGUCAACAGUGGCCCUAGUACCUCCCUUCCCGGAGCCUUGGGAUGCAGAGGCAGACAUGCAGACCCUGAGGCGGGAGGCUGCCCGGCCCUACGUCCCCUUGGGCACCCUUGAAGUUGACUUCCCGGCCCCUCACCACAGCGAUGACUACCUGUUCAUGGAGGGGCCUCGCUGGACACCGGCCAUCAAGCACGGGACGCGCUGGAAGUACUCGCCCAUGGGACGCGACGCCGCCGGCCAGCUGUUGUACACCGGCCUGACCAACUCGGACCCCCGCGAAGCCUGGUACAACCUGCCCCGGGCCCUGGACAGCCCCUACCGCGAGGCCUACGCCCGCUGGCACGGGUGCUUCGACCACCGCCAGCGGGGCCUGCCCCCCGCCUACACUCAGCACGUGCGGGACAACGCGUGGUACGACCCCGUGCUCCCCGCCCAGUACAAGAGCCCGAACACCCGCUGGGGGAGCGCGCUGUGGAGGGACAGGCUCCUGCGCGGCAAAGACUAUGGUGAGCCUGAGCCGGAAGCGCGGGACGCGGGGUCACCCGGAGGGCGGGGCGGGGCACCUGCG